UUGCGUAGAGGAAGUUUUGUUUUGCGAGUUUUCCGUCCGUUUCGAUUGACUGGUUAUUUAGUUAAUGCUCUCAAAAAACGCGGAAUGAUAACGGUGUGAAUUGCAUUGCCGGUAACCGCUCAAGUGUCCAAGGAGAGAGUAAAAGCCGGCGCUGUUUGAGGCGGCGCAACUCUACACUUCAGAGUAACCCGAGAGCACCUUCCUGCUAAGCUAACGUUACCCAGCUAGCUAAGUUAGCACAGCUAUCGUCAAGUUCUGGUUUGUGUUGUGUUGAAGGGGCUCUCCGAGCUAACGAAGCCAUGGGGAACCGGGGCAUGGAAGACCUGAUUCCCCUCAUCAACAAGCUUCAAGACGCGUUCAGCUCCAUUGGCCAGAGUUGCAAUUUGGACCUUCCUCAGAUCGCUGUGGUUGGAGGACAGAGCGCUGGAAAAAGCUCUGUCUUGGAAAAUUUUGUUGGAAGGGAUUUUCUGCCACGUGGAAAUGGCAUUGUCACCCGCAGACCUCUCAUUUUGCAGCUGGUCAACAAUAAAGCAGAAUAUGCUGAAUUCCUGCACUGCAAAGGGAAGAAGUUUGUGGAUUUUGAUGAAGUGCGAUCGGAAAUUGAGGCGGAGACCGACAGGAUAACAGGCUCCAACAAAGGCAUCUCUCCCAUCCCAAUUAACCUAAGGGUCUACUCCCCAAACGUGCUGAACCUGACCCUGAUCGACCUUCCGGGAAUGACUAAGGUUGCUGUCGGAGACCAGCCCGUAGACAUCGAGCACCAGAUCAGGGACAUGCUCAUGCAGUUCAUCACCAAGGAGAGCUGUCUGAUCCUGGCCGUCACUCCUGCCAACACUGACCUGGCCAACUCAGACGCCCUGAAGAUCGCCAAGGAGGUGGACCCACAGGGAAUGCGUACCAUUGGUGUGAUAACAAAACUGGACCUGAUGGACGAAGGGACAGAUGCAAAGGACAUUUUAGAAAACAAACUCCUGCCACUUCGUAGAGGCUACAUUGGCGUGGUGAACCGCAGUCAGAAAGACAUCGAUGGGAAGAAGGACAUUCGCGCUGCUCUGGCCGCAGAGAGGAAGUUCUUUCUCUCCCACCCCGGCUACAGACACAUGGCAGAGCGUAUGGGCACACCACAUCUACAAAAGACACUCAACCAGCAAUUGACCAACCACAUCAGGGACACUCUGCCCGGUCUGCGCAGUAAACUGCAGAGUCAGCUCCUCUCUCUGGAGAAGGAGGUGGAGGAGUACAAGAACUUCCGUCCAGAUGACCCGACACGCAAGACCAAGGCCCUAUUGCAGAUGGUGCAGCAGUUUGGUGUGGACUUUGAGAAGUGCAUCGAGGGCUCGGGGGACCAGGUGGACACCAAUGAGCUAUCGGGUGGCGCCAAGAUCAACCGCAUCUUCCACGAACGCUUCCCCUUUGAACUGGUCAAGAUUGUGUUCGACGAAAAGGAGCUACGGCGAGAAAUCAGUCACGCAAUCAAGAACGUCCAUGGUGUCAGAACGGGGCUGUUCACUCCAGACCUGGCGUUUGAGGCCAUCGUGAAAAAGCAGAUCGUUAAGCUGAAAACGCCCUGUCUCAAAUGUAUCGAUCUGGUCAUUCAGGAGCUCAUCAACACAGUCAGGCAGUGCACCAACAAGCUAAAUUCCUACCCGAGACUGAGAGAGGAGACUGAGAGGAUCGUCACCACCCACGUCAGAGAAAGAGAAGGGAAGACCAAGGACCAGGUCCUGCUACUGAUUGACAUUGAGCUGUCCUACAUCAACACCAACCACGAGGACUUCAUAGGCUUUGCCAAUGCCCAGCAGAGGAACACGGCUGCAAACAAGAAGAGGGCCAUACCCAACCAGCUUGUCGGACUGGAAGAGGUCCACGAGGAGAAGGUGAUCAGGAAAGGUUGGCUAACCAUCAACAUCAGCAUCAUGAAGGGAGGCUCCAAGGAGUACUGGUUUGUCCUGACUGCGGAGUCCUUGUCCUGGUACAAAGAUGAGGAGGAGAAAGAAAAGAAGUAUAUGCUGCCCCUGGAUAACCUGAAGCUCAGAGAUGUGGAAAAAGGCUUUAUGUCCACAAAGCACAUCUUUGCAAUCUUCAACACAGAGUCGAGGAACGUGUACAAGGAUCUUCGCCAAAUAGAACUGGCCUGUGAUUCUCAGGAGGAUGUAGACAGCUGGAAAGCGUCGUUCCUCAGGGCAGGAGUUUAUCCAGAGAAGGACCAGACGGAGAACGAAGAGGCUGCCCCUGCAGACACGUUCUCUAUGGACCCUCAGUUGGAGCGACAGGUGGAAACCAUCCGCAACCUGGUGGAUUCGUACAUCGGCAUCAUCAACAAAUCCACCAGAGACCUCGUGCCCAAGACCAUAAUGCAUCUCAUGAUCAACAGUGCGAAGGAUUUCAUCCACUCGGAGCUGCUGGCUUACCUAUACUCGUCUGGGGACCAGAACAGCCUAAUGGAGGAAUCAGCUGACCAGGCCCAGCGUAGAGAUGAGAUGUUACGCAUGUAUCAUGCACUCAAGGAGUCGCUGCUCAUUAUUGGUGACAUCAGUGCCAGCACCGUCUCCACCCCAGUACCCCCACCCAUAAAUAACAACUGGAUCCAAGAAGCCAGCCCGACCCCUCAGCGCAGGCCGCCCCCUGCAGCUGCUCCGGCCCCCAGCCGUCCACCUGCUGUACGGGGCCCAACACCAGGACCACCCAUGAACCCUUCCCCUGCCUUCGGAGCUCCGCUCAACCCCUCUCCCGCCUUCGGGGCACCACCAAUCCCCUCUCGCCCCGGCCCCCCCACCAACGCUUUCAACAGCUACCAGGAUCCCUUCAGCGCUCCCCCACAGAUCCCCUCCCGGCCAGCCCGCGUCCCACCCGGUGUACCCAGCCGAAGACCCCCCGGUGCUCCUUCUCAUCGGCCCACCAUUAUCCGCCCUGCUGAGCCCUCCCUGCUAGACUAGACCUGUGGCCAAGCCCACCUAAGUGUGUGUGUUUGUGUGUGGGUGUGUGUAUCUGCACACUAAAAGGCCAGGGGUGGGGGCUCGAGGGGAGGGGCCGACUGAUAGUGGUGCAUCAUGUGCAUCGUCCAGCCGUAUUAAUGUCUCUUCAAACUAUGUAAUAAGCUGCUAAUACCAUCUUUAUCAGUGCACAUGAACAACAGAAAGCCCUUAACCACUUGAAUAUUACAUUUGUGGAAAUUGUGUAAUACAGAAUAAAAUCCAGCUGAUCUGUGCGGUGCAUUUAGCUUCUAUCGGUAGGAGAUGGUGUAUAAAAUUCAGUUUGAGAGCUUUUUUUUAUUAUAAUAACUGGUUUAUUUCUUCUGACAAGGUUCCCAGCAGAAGCUCUUUAAAUAACUUAUUAACUGUUACAGGCUGGCUUUCCUCUCCCCUCCCUCCACCUUUUUUAGAUUGGCCGAGACGCCCAAGUCAAAUCUCUGUGUGAUAUACACCCCUAACCUGUUAAUGUUUCACUGGGUUUUCAUUUCCUAACAGAUUCAUAAUGAAAAACAAUAGCGGAUUAUCACUUUUGUCAUUUUGGUGAUGUCGCUUACACCCCCCCCACCCCCCUUGUGUUAUUUUAUUUGAGUGUCCUUUUUAAUGACCGUCAUAAAUGUAGCUUUAAAAAUGAAAUGCUAAUCGCAGAAAAUGACACAGGGCAUGGUUGCAUGAGACUGAGAGUAGCUUCAGCCCUGCACGCUGUGAAUCAUCCUGAAAAGAUGUCAGAUUGACCAUUGAAAUCCAAGCACUUCUAGCCAUGUAGCCUUACAACAAGCCACUUAUAUCGGGGGAUGUUGUAGUCCGUUACCAGAACACUAUGCACAAAAAAAACGUGAGAGGGAGAGGGACAGGCUGAAGGCUGUCUGCACUUUGUGAGAUGCUUUCUUUCCAGUUAUUCUCAGUUUUUAAAGUCUUGAAUUAUAAUCCCUUUUAGUCUCAGCUGAACCCCAAUGAGACCUUCAGCUUUCGACUUUGUUCAUUCCUGGAUUAACUGAUUCAUGUAGCGCAGAGCACACAGAGAGGAUAAAACUCAGUGAAGCGACGGGGUGUGUAGACGUGAUUUAGAGUAUAAAGAUGGUAUUAAGCUUUUAGGAGUUGGUACAUCUCUUUCAGGGCUAAGUUGUCAAGGACAUUUAUUAUUGCCAUCAGUUCUGCCUCCAUACAUUAAAAGUAUUGUAUAUAGCUGGCCUACACUGGGGAGUAAGCACUUGUAUCUCAUUUAAUCGCAGGGUUGACGACAAAAACAUGAUUCUAAUCAAAGCCCAACGUGUUAAAAUUGAUAUUAUAGGAAGCACUAACAAUGUCAUUUCAUAAUGGACGCAGGGAAAAAGAGACUCAUCUUCUGAAGCAUUAUUUAUAACCUGGGCAUUUUGUCAUUUCUUUUGAUAUUUUUGGUUGCAAUUGUAUCAGCUCUGUACAACUCCGCUCCCCAGCUUCUCCAUGACUUUUAUUCGGGGUUUUGCUACAGGGAUUAGCUGUCUAAAUUUGUUGUAUGUUGGGAGGGCACCUGGGACUGGACAUCCUCUGAUUAAUAAUGAAUAUGUUCAGAUUUCUCUUUGAGGAUAUUUGACCAUUUAAAACAUUUUUUAAAACACAUUUGGAGGGGAAAAACUGGUGAAGCGGGGAGUGACGUUGGGCUACUAGGAUGUUUUAGGUUUGAUCAGUAGUGGUGGUGAGCUGCAGGUGGUGGUGGGAAUUGUGGUGUUUGAAGGCACACUCUGUCUAUAGAAGCUGUCUAGACUUUUCUUUGCUCUCACUGCAGAGGAUAGAAAUUUAAUUAGCCGACCUGACAAGACAAAGAAACUGUAAUGAAUUCAAAAAUGUCCCAAAUCACAAGGCUCUCGAGACAGAGUGUGCUUUUUCUUCCCCUGUAUUUCUCUACAGGUCUGGCUUUCAGUGACAGCGCUAGAAGGAAUUAAAAUAUGCUUAUAAUAAAAGAGCCCAGAAUCUUUAGAUUGAAGACCCUUCACAUGAAAAGCUCCACAAACCCCUCGUAAACACAACUGUGCUAAAACUUCUUAUUGGCCAAAGUUUGUUGAAAUCCAAUCGUGCCUGUCACUGCAGCCUGCCGUUGAGAAGCCCAGACUGUAAUGCCCUGUUAUACAUUAGGUGAUACUGCCUUCCUUCCUAAUGGAUGUGCCCUGCCUCCUUCUUCUUUCCUUCCCCUCCUCCCUGUCUACAUCUGGUGGAAGGGGUUGGAAACCAACCUGUAAAAAAAUCUUUCUUUUUUGUUUUGCAAACCUUUGUCAAGUGCCUCUGUAGCAAUUAAUUGAUUUGAAUAAACAACAUGAACUGAUUUAGGAUGGAGAGUAAAUAAAGAGGUGUUGUGUACAAUAAAGGGACUGGCUCUGGUG